AUGGAAAACCAUGCAAAGUUCCCUCACUGCAUCCUUCUCACCCGUGUUGGCCAAUUUUAUGAGUCCUACUUCGAUCAAGCAGUCGAAGUCGCCGAGCUACUCAACAUCAAGCUCGCAAGUCGUCUUUCUGGCGGUGGAGGCCAACGCGCACAUAUGUGUGGUUUCCCAGUCCAUCACCUUCACAAGCACCUCAAAGUUCUAGUCCAACACCACCACCGUUUCGUUGCCCUUUGCGAGGAAUUUGUUCGCCCUCCCUCUACCUCCGUCACCCCUUCUACAUCUGCAGGAGCGAAACUUACGUUCGAAAGACGGGUGACUCGGGUCAUUACGCCGGGCACGUUAAUCGACGAACCGUUCUUGAAUCAGUAUGAGAAUAAUUACCUGCUCGCUAUCGGAGAGGUCAGUGCGAGCGGUGGUGAAGAUACGAAUGCUGUGGGAUUGGCCUGGAUUGAUGUAUCGACUGGAGAGUUCUUCACGAAGGACACGACCCUCGACUCGUUGCGGGACGAUCUGGUUCGGAUUGCACCUCGUGAGGUCGUUCUAUCUACCUCCCUUCAAUCCAAUCCUUCACACCCUCUCCGACAAGCCGUCCUCGAAGAAGAGUCCUUUACUUCCUUCAUCAUGCCGUCGAAACGGUCCGCGAGUUCACAUGAAGCGCAAGCUAUUCCCGAGGGCGGGCUCACCAAUACUUCCAAAUUCUCCCUCUCGCAGCAGGAGACCGCGGCAGUCGACUUGCUCACGACCUUCCUGCAUGCCAACUUGAUGGAAAGUAUGCCCCGCCUGUCCUCACCCAGCAAAGAAGCGAGCGAAGGUCGUAUGCGGAUCGAUGCUCACACGAUCAAGGCUCUCGAGAUUCGAGAAGGUAUGCGGGAAGGCGGUACAUCAGGUAGCCUGCUCAGUGUGAUCAAGAGGACAGUCACGAACAGUGGCACUCGGUUACUUGCCCGCUGGCUCUGCUCUCCGAGCACGUCUCUCGCCGAGGUCAACGCCCGACAGUCCCUCGUUGCUCUCUUCCAUUUGCGUCCGCAUCUUCGAGACGACCUCGUCGAUUACCUCCGCAAAAUCGACGACGCCACACGCAUCGUUCAGAAAUUCCUCCUUGGUCGAGGUGAUGCCACAGAUCUCUCAGCAAUAAGUUCCACGAUCUCCACCUGGACAACUAUUCACAAUCGUAUGCAGCUUGAGAAGACUUAUGAAGAGAAGGAGAGAGGGAUUGUGAAGCAGGAAGACUGGGACAGCUUGGAUCGUUUGAUGAGCAGGAUGACGGAUUUGAAGGAACUAGCGGACAGGAUUGACGUGGCCUUGAAAGGGAGUUCGGCUGUGAGGAGGGAUCAGACUGCUAUCGGAGAGUCGGAGGACGAAGCUGGAACAGAACCUGAAGGGCAAUUGGAACCGAAUAUGCCUGAGGAACUCAUGAUUCUUUUGUUCCCAAGUUAUUCGAAUGAGAUACGGUCACUGCAUAACAAGUUCCAGGAUCUACUCACGCAACGCGAGGAGCUAGAGCGGCGGUUUCAACAGGUGUACGAUGCUUCGUCUUUGACCCUGCGAUCCUCUUCAUUCUACGGUCUACACGUUCACAUCGCCCGAUCGAAGCGUGACGCUGCUCCUCUGAAAGCCUCUCAAUCCUUUGUCCUCAUCUCAGAGAGCAAUUCGACGAGUGUCUUUUUCAAUCGAGCAUGGUCGCAAUUGGGCACCGAACUCAUGGAAACCUCUAACUCCAUUCUGGCCCACGAAAAGGCCGCUUUUGAAGCCCUUCGCAACGAGGUCAAUGUCCAAGAGGGCGCUCUCCGCCGAAACGCCCAGAUCAUCGACGAACUGGAUGUCACCCUCGGAUUCGCCAACCUUGCCGCUAGCAUGAACUUUGUCAGACCCACCUUGACCGAAGAUUGCACUUUCCAUGUCGUGGACGGUCGUCAUCCCACAGUCGAGCUGGGUCUCAUCAAUGCCGGCCGUGUCUUCACUCCCAAUACCGUCUCUUUCUCUCCCGAGUCACGUCUACAUAUCAUCACCGGCCCAAACAUGGCUGGCAAGUCUACUCUUUUACGCCAAACAGCCCUCAUUGCUAUCCUCGCGCAGACAGGGUCAUUCGUGCCCGCUGAGCAUGCGGUCAUCGGGAUGGUCGAUGCGUUGUUUUCGAGAGUGGGUGCCAAGGACGAUUUGUUCAGGGAUAAGAGCACGUUCAUGGUUGAGAUGUUAGAGACGGCUGAGAUUCUGCGACGGGCCACGCCAAAUAGUCUAGUCAUCAUGGACGAAGUCGGACGCGGGACGACUGUCAAAGAUGGACUAGCUAUUGCAUUCGCCACAGUUCAUCACCUCUACGCUCAGAACCAAUGCCGUGCACUAUUUGCAACCCACUUUCACGAAAUUACAGACAUGCUGGGAUACUCUGGCGAUCAAAAGGGAGAAGGCGCGUUUCAGAAUGUCGGAUUCUACUGUACCGAUGUCGACGAGGUUGAGGAUGGCUCAUUCGCCUACUCUCAUCGACUUCGGCCCGGUGUCAAUCGCGACAGUCAUGGUCUCAAGGUGGCUCAACUGGCAGGUAUGCCACCCGCCGCUAUCGGCGUCGCAAAGGACGCACUUUCUUGGCUUCGUGUUCGUGAUGCUGUUACCGCAAGCAGCAUCGCAGAUUUAAAACAUCUUGGACAAUCGUUGGCUAAGCAGUCAUCAGCAUCAGCAUCGACAUCGCCUAAAUCUCAUACUUCAUCCUAA